UCCGCUGGGAGAUCACGUCACCCCGGAUCCAGUUGCACAACGUGGCCCAUAGUACCUGAAGCCACCACCCCGACAUGCCUCCGCCCGGGCGCCAUCUGCACGGAGGACGGCGGGCAGCUGUCCGGUGCUCUGCUGGUCGUUCCGGCGGGACGCGAACACCCGGCCACGGGCGCUCCACGAUCACCGGCGCCGCCCAGGUGGGGGAGGCCCUCACCGCCGCACACCACCGGCAUAUCGACGACGACGGCCUGAGUCAACGCUGCCUUCGCGACCAGUGGUUACCGACAGACGCCGAGCAUAAACGGACGCGGCGGCACAGCUUCCACCUACACCCUUGUUGCCGCCGACGAGGGGCAAGGCCAUCAACGGGUGAGGGUGACCUCACCGACGACGGACGCGGGCAACCGACGAAGAGCUCACCAGCGCCGAAAACGAGCUCGGUCGGCGGC